GCGACCCCAGCCGCAGCGCUUUCCCCCCGCGCGAGCUCCGAAGCCCAGCGCGAGACCUACCCCACCUCCCCCCCCCCCGGCGGCAAGCGGCCCAGGCCGGCGGUACCCGCUUCCUGAUCGUCUCGUCGGCGGCCCGCGCGCCCCAGCUUCACGCCCGCGCUUCCUGGUGCGGGGCCUAGGCCCGCUCGCUCCCUCCCUCCGAGGCCCCGCGGGCCGGGCCGGGCCGGGGCCGCGAUGUCCGGUGGGGACUCGGCGGCGGCGGCGGCAACGGCCUCGCCUCAGCCGCUGCCGUUCUCGCUGCCGAAGCCGCCUCCCCUCAUGCAGCUGACACCGGGGGAUGCCGUGCGCCCCGUCUCCGCCGCCUCGGACCAAUCGCCGAAGAGCGGCCGGCUCGGCGGCCGCCCGGAUUGGCCGACGGGCAAGCCUGUCAGCCUGCUGGCCCCGCUGCUCCCGCCCCGCGGGGAGCCCGAGCCCCUCAUGCCCUUCGGGCCCUCGCGGCAGCAGCUCCGGGGGAGGCUGCUCGGCCGCUGCAGCGGGGGCAGUCUGCUCAACCCCUCGAUGAGGCCGGGAGGAGACCGCUCUCUCAUGAUGGGUCACCCAGGCAUGCCUCACUAUCCACCCAUGGGGAUGCACCCCAUGGGCCAGAGACCACCAAAUAUGCCACCAGUUCCACAUGGUAUGAUGCCUCAGAUGAUGCCUCCAAUGGGAGGACCACCAAUGGGGCAGAUGCCUGGAAUGAUGCAGUCAGUGAUGCCCGGAAUGAUGAUGUCCCAUAUGUCCCAAGCUACCAUGCAGCCAACGGUCCCGCCAGGAGUGAACAGUAUGGAUUCGCAAGCAGGGUCUGGUUCAGGAAAAUACUUAAGCACAUCGAGUCUCCAUUGGAAGUUAAGCACAAUGGAAGGUACAACACCUCCAGGAACUCAGACCGCACAUUCAGUAGUCUGUUCAGCCCAGCAAACCACCACAGUCAACAGUUCGGUAACUGAAGACCAGUCUAAACAGAAAUCUGUAUGGACUGAACAUAAAUCACCUGAUGGAAGAACUUAUUAUUACAAUACUGAAACAAAGCAAUCCACAUGGGAGAAACCAGAUGAUCUUAAAACACCUGCUGAGCAAUUAUUAUCUAAAUGCCCUUGGAAAGAGUACAAAUCUGAUUCAGGAAAGCCUUACUACUAUAAUUCCCAAACAAAAGAGUCACGGUGGGCAAAACCUAAAGAACUUGAGGAUCUUGAAGCAAUGAUUAAAGCAGAGGAAAACAGCAGCAAACCAGAAGAAUCAACUCCAACUACAUCUACAGCUGCUAUUGCAACAGAAGUAACCAAUACAACAACCAGCACCACCACUUCUGCAGCUGCUGAAACUGCUGUAGCUGCUACUGCCACCCCUGCUGUAACAGCUGCCUCAGAAAGUGAAACUGCUUCUACUACUAGUUCUGCAGCUGCUGCUGCUACUAGUGUUACUGCAACUGCUGCAGAAAAUGAAAGUACAGGUACAGCUACAGCUGAUGAACAAGUGCAGCAAACCAAUGCUACUCCCGUUGUACAGGAACAGAAUGCAGAAACUGUCACAAACACAGUAGAGGAAGGUUUAAAGCAGGAGGGUUCAGCAGAUGCUACUCCCAAAAAAGAGGAGGACGAUGCCCAGCCAGUUAAAAAAACAUAUACGUGGAAUACAAAAGAAGAAGCAAAACAAGCAUUUAAAGAGCUUUUGAAAGAAAAGCGUGUACCCUCCAAUGCCUCGUGGGAACAAGCUAUGAAAAUGAUCAUUAAUGAUCCCAGAUACAGUGCUUUGGCAAAGUUGAGUGAAAAAAAGCAAGCCUUUAAUGCUUACAAGGUUCAGACAGAAAAGGAAGAAAAAGAAGAAGCGAGGUCAAAAUACAAAGAAGCUAAAGAAUCCUUCCAGCGUUUUCUUGAAAACCAUGACAAGAUGACGUCUACAACAAGAUAUAAAAAAGCUGAACAAAUGUUUGGAGAGAUGGAGGUUUGGAAUGCAAUAUCAGAGCGUGAUCGUCUCGAAAUUUACGAAGAUGUGUUGUUCUUCUUAUCUAAGAAAGAGAAGGAACAAGCCAAGCAGUUGCGAAAAAGGAAUUGGGAGGCUCUAAAAAAUAUAUUGGAUAACAUGGCUAAUGUAACUUAUUGUACCACUUGGUCAGAGGCUCAGCAGUAUCUGAUGGACAACCCUACAUUCGCAGAAGAUGAGGAACUUCAGAAUAUGGAUAAAGAAGACGCUCUCAUCUGUUUUGAAGAACACAUCAGGGCUCUGGAGAAAGAGGAGGAAGAAGAAAAACAAAAGAGUUUGCUGAGGGAAAGGCGCCGACAGCGUAAAAAUAGAGAAUCUUUUCAGAUAUUUUUGGAUGAAUUGCAUGAACAUGGGCAGUUGCAUUCAAUGUCUUCUUGGAUGGAGUUGUAUCCAACCAUAAGCUCUGAUAUCAGAUUCACUAAUAUGCUUGGCCAACCUGGAUCAACUGCACUUGAUCUUUUCAAAUUUUAUGUUGAAGAUUUGAAAGCACGCUACCAUGAUGAAAAGAAGAUAAUAAAAGACAUCUUAAAGGAUAAAGGAUUUAUAGUUGAAGUGAAUACAACUUUUGAAGACUUUGUUGCAGUCAUCAGUUCAACUAAAAGAGCUACAACCUUAGAUGCAGGCAAUAUCAAACUGGCUUUCAAUAGUCUCCUGGAAAAGGCAGAAGCCCGUGAACGUGAAAGGGAAAAAGAGGAAGCUCGGAAGAUGAAGCGGAAGGAGUCUGCAUUCAAGAGUAUGUUGAAACAAGCUGCACCCCCGAUUGAGUUGGAUGCUGUUUGGGAAGAUAUCAGGGACAGAUUUGUGAAGGAACCAGCAUUUGAAGACAUUACUUUAGAAUCUGAAAGAAAAAGAAUAUUUAAAGACUUUAUGCACAUAUUAGAGCAUGAGUGUCAGCAUCAUCAUUCAAAGAACAAGAAACAUUCUAAAAAAUCUAAAAAACAUCACCGAAAGCGAUCGCGCUCCCGUUCGGGCUCCGAGUCUGAAGAUGAUGAUAACCAUUCAAAAAAGAAGAGGCAGCGUUCAGAAUCUAGGUCUGUUUCUGAGCGUUCUUCCAGUGUAGAAUCUGAGAGAAGUUAUAAGAAAACAAAAAAACACAAGAAGAAAAGCAAAAAGAGAAGACACAAGUCUGAUUCACCAGAAUCAGAUGCUGAACGAGAAAAAGACAGGAAAGGGGAGAGAGAGAAUGAAAAGGAUAGAAGUAGACAAAGAUCUGAAUCAAAGCAUAAAUCUCCUCCCAAAAAACGGCCUGGAAAAGAUUCUGGUAACUGGGAUACUUCUGGCAGUGAACUGAGUGAAGGGGAAUUGGAAAAACAGAGAAGGACCCUUUUGGAACAACUGGAUGAAGAUCAAUAAGAGAAUUAUUUAUACCAAAUAUGUUUACAGUAUGACUUAAUAAAAUAAACCAAUGUCUAAUUCAGGAUAUGGGUUCUAAUAUGCUGGAUAUGAGUUCCAUUGUUGAAAUAACAGUGGGUUUAAAUUUUACUGCAUCAAGAAAUACAUUCAAGUACCACUCUGGCAGGCCUGGCAUCAAAUCUAAAAAAGAAAAGGAAAUUCAGAGUUAAAGCUGAAAUUCUGUUCUUAAUUGGCUGGAUAACACGUAUCCUUUUUACAUCAUGGAACUAUUUGCAGGGUUUAAUGUGAUUAAUGGAAGACAUUUCAUUUUUGACUCUGGGUUCUACUUACAAUGGCCAGGGGAAGUACUGGCACCUUUCUAGCAAAACCACAUCCUAAACACAGUUCUUCCUAGAAAGGUACUAAACCUAGUUCUUCUGGCCAGUGUGGGUGAGCUAAAUUCUCCUCUUUAAUAAAAGAGAUCUAUAAUAUAGUUUCUUGUGGUUCAACUUGCUUUGUGGGUUUGUUCUUAUUUUUUGAAGGGCGGGGGGCUGGAAAGGGGAGGAGAAUAAUCAAUCCAUUUCUUAACUUACAGUACAAAAAAGAAUCUACAAUUGAAGCUGCUGUUUGGGUAUUACAUGACUGGCCAAACUGAUAGUUUUGAUGAUUUGUAUUAAACAGAAAAUCUGACUUCCUGGCUGAGACAUUCUAUAUCAAGUUCAUCUUGGAGUGAAUUUUUAUGGUAAUGUUUUAAACCCCUGCAAAAAGGUGCUUAUGAUGGAAAUGUGAUAGGUAGGCCCUUCAUUACAGUGGCACUAGAGGACACUGCUGUAAUAUAGCCAUCAUUUGUAUUGAAGUAAUACCUGAUAAAUGGCUAAGGGCAUUAUUUCAGCAUUUAUUGUCAUGUUAAGGAAAUUUAACAGAAAUCAAAUUGUAAAUUUAUUUCAAUAUGUUGCCUUAAGAAUCUGCUGAAGAAUGUACCACCAAAUUUUUAGUAGUAGUUGCAAUACUCAUGUCUAGAAAAUCAGUGUCGAUCUUUUUCUUUUAAAAAAAAAAAAAUGUCCUGACUUUACCAAUUUUUUUUUUAUAACCUCUGCUUGGAGGAAAAUUCCAUCGUCCCUCUUCAGUGACGGAUAUUAACUACCGUGGUACACAUUCUGAAACCUUUCUGAUUUGAAUAUUUUUGUACAUUUUUAUCGAUUAUUAAACCUUGUCUUCAAGCGUG